AUGGCCUCACUGCGGUCGGCCUCGCUGCGGUCAGCCUCGCCGCGGUCAGCGUCGCCGCGGUCGCCGUCGAAGGCUGCGGUCGACUUCGAGGAAGAUCUGCCUGGGUACUACCUCAUUGUCCAUAACAAUGCAGCUGUGAGAUCGAGCUCGUCUUUGGAUUCGCCAGUGGUCGCGCAGCUGGCGGCUGGCGAGGUUGUCCAUGUCCUAGAGGUCCUGCCAAUGCCGCACGUCGACAGAGUCAGGGCGAAGAUCGACAAUCCGAGCGGGUGGAUUUCACUGCUCGAGACGAAGGAUGGUUAUCGGUGGGCGAUAAAGCAGGCUGGGGCCCCAAAGGACGCAUGGGCCCUGAAGAAGGCGCAGCUUGUGGCAGAGGUGAAGAGACGUGAUGCCGAGCUGCAGUACUGGCUCGCUGUGGCUGAGAGGUUGCGGGCCGAACACCAGCGCUCCCUGCAAAGCACAGAGGAGAUUGCUGCAGAUGUGGAGGCGCGCGUCCUGAAGGGGUACCGCGUGUCCGAGUGGAGUUCCAGCGGGCAGCCAGCCACGCCCUUUUCUCAUUCUGAGAAGGCAGUGCAGAUGCAGACGUUGGCGAUGAAACUUGGCACCCUGGGUCCCUAUCCCGGUCCUUGUGGUCCGCCCGGUCCUGCGCUGGCAGAUCAGAAGAGUUCGCUGCCGGAGGCGGCUCCGACAGACCCAAACUACCAAGUGCCCGCAGGGCUGCCGCCGGGAUCGAAGGUAGUGGGCUUCCGCAGGGUGCCAUCGCCGCAAACAAAGGACGAGUUCAAGGAGAUGCCGCAGGCAUCUGGUCGGGUUGUUCACUCGAAUGCCAUCUUGCAGCCGAGCCGCGUCUACUCCACGCAGCCAGGAGAUGUUCAUCAGAGCGAGGGUGUGUACCCGAUCGUGCGAGCGCCCAUGGGCGUGGCAGCGAACUUGCUUGACAGGCCCUUGACCCAGGCAAGUGCUGCAAACUGGACUGCCCCUGCAGACUUCGGGGAGGGUCGAAGCUUCAUCCGAACAGUCUCUGAACCUGAGUCGCACUCAGACAUCAGCCAAAGGCCUAUGGCAAAGAAGCAGGAGGCAUCCGCCUUUGCAGACGAAGCAGCGCGUGCGAUCGUCAGCCUCCUGCAUGGACCCUCCUCGCAGUGA